UGUACUAUUUGAACUAUAUCCUGGCAGCACAAAUAUCGAGUUGUUUUUCAUUCAAUUUUCAGUGGAAUUUUGACGUCGCUGGUACUGGCUCGUAUAUUCUCCAUGUAGUGACUAGGUUUUCAAAAUGUCUCUAAUUAAGUAGUUCUGUAGGGAAACAAACGGAUCGAUUCUUAAAUGACGCCCACGAAAACGACAAAAACCGAAGUAGAAAUGGUGAUACGAAACAGAAAGACCGCAAUGAAAGACGGGAUCAUGACGAUGUCUGGCAUCGGGGAGCCUUCCGUAUUCCACGCUCUAGUGGUGAUCUUUUUGGAAUUUUUCGCUUGGGGACUACUUACGAUGCCAAUCAUAUCGGUGCUAAACGCCACGUUCCCCGAUCAUACGUUCCUGAUGAACGGACUGAUAAUGGGCAUCAAGGGCAUCCUGUCGUUCCUGUCCGCGCCGCUGAUUGGCGCGCUUUCGGACGUCUGGGGCCGCAAGUUCUUCCUGCUGGUGACGGUGUUCUUCACUUGCGCGCCGAUCCCGCUCAUGACUAUCAACACCUGGUGGUUCUUCGCCAUGAUUAGCAUCAGUGGAGUGUUCGCCGUAACGUUUUCUAUAGUCUUCGCGUACGUGGCCGAUGUGACGACGGAAGCGGAGCGCUCACGUGCCUACGGGCUAGUUUCUGCUACCUUCGCUGCUAGCAUGGUAAUCUCGCCCGCGCUCGGCGCCUACCUUAUGGACCUCUACGGCGAGGCGCUCGUGGUGGCCGCCGCCACCGCUGUCGCCGUGCUAGACGUCUUCUUCAUCAUGGUGGCCGUACCAGAGAGCUUGCCAGAGAAAGUCCGGCCCAGUGGAUGGGGACCUGCAAUCAGCUGGGAGCAGGCCGAUCCAUUCGCCGCACUAAGGAAAGUGGGAGCAGAGCGUACAGUGUUGAUGCUGUGUGUGGCUGUGUUCUUGUCGUACCUCCCUGAGGCUGGACAGUAUUCGUGCAUAUUUGUGUACCUGAAACUAGUGAUGGGUUUUGGUGUUGUGCAAGUGGCAAUAUUCAUUGCAAUUGUGGGAGUGCUGAGCAUCGGAGUGCAAGUGAUACUCGGCUUCUUAAUGAGGACUCUAGGACCUAAGCACACCAUCAUGCUGGGGUUGCUGUUUGAGAUGCUGCAGCUGAUGUGGUACGGGUUCGGGUCCCGCACGUGGAUGAUGUGGGCGGCGGGCGUGCUGGCGGCGCUCGGCUCGCUCACCUACCCCGCCAUCAGCGCUUACGUGUCCGUCAACUCGCGGCCCGACAGACAGGGCGUCGUGCAGGGCAUGGUGACUGGGGUGCGUGGCCUCUGCAACGGCCUCGGGCCCGCGAUGUUCGGUGUCAUCUUCUACUUAUUCCACGUGGAUUUGAACGAGGAGCACGCGACGGACGGUCGGCCGGAGCCAGACCGCUACGUGCGGUUGGUGCCAGGCCCGCCGUUCGUGCUGGGUGCGCUGCUGGUGAUCUGUGCCCUGCUGGUGGCCGCGUUCCUGCCAGAGGACGGCGCGGGGUCGGGACGGCGCUCGCCGGAUGCGCGCUUCGAGCUGGAGCGCGGGCGCCGCGUGGCGGGCGCUCUGUCGCCGCUGAUGGCGCCGGAGUCUGCGGCGCUCUAGCUGCAAGCCCGCGCCGCCCGCGCAGCGAGCGUCUGAGCCCCGCAUUUAUGAAGGUACCAAAGUGAGCCCACUGGGCUAUGCCCGGUCCUUGAGAGACUUUCCGCUUCUAUUGUGGUUUUUAAGCUUUAUACCUGUUUUGUAUCUUUCGAUUUGCCGCAGAUGUGUACAUAAUUAUUGAUCUAUAAAUCAUUGAAAUAGACGAGGGCGCCCAGGCGCGCCUUUGAACUCCUGAUGUUGGGAGCUGUUGAGUUGGACUGUCAUUAAACAUUCAUCCUAAAGAAUAUUAAUUUAUAUCAAUCACCAUGCUUUUCUCUAAGCGCCUCACGUUACAAUAAAUCAAAUCAAAUGUUGUCACUAUCAACUUCUAUUUUUUUACAAAUCAUUUUGAUAACAACAAAACACUUGUCAAUGAGAAUGAUAUGAAUCUUUAUACAGACUAAUUAUUAUGCAUUAAUGGUUUGCUUAAACUGGAAUCAUAUUUAUCUUGAGGGUGAAUAAUGAAGUGCCUUUGAUCAAAAUAUAACUCCUGUUUACUCAACUAAACUUCUUACUAUAUCAGACUAAUUAUUUUUAUUAAAAACUUAUCACAAAUAACAACAUAAUCAUACAAAUAUUCUACUUAAAUAAAUCAUAUUAUUGUUUCUUUUUACAAUAUACAAAAACAUUUUCUUUUGAACUAUCUAUGAACUUGAUGCAAAGUAGAAACUAAAUGAAACUGUAAUAAGAAUUGAAGAGAACAAUAUUCAUAGUUCAUCCAUUUGGCUCAGUGACCUCGGGGAAUAAGUUCAUGUGUCAUUGGAGGAUGACUAAUGUUUAUUUUGUUGUCAAGUUAGCGGUAAAAUCAUUAAUAGGUGUUGUACAACAGCUUAACAUAUUUGUUUUUAUGUAUAUUGUUUUAGUCCUUUUAAAUUGAUUUCUGUCAUAUGUUGCAAACAAGAACUCAGCAACAGGCUUAACUAUCAAAAGGUUUACAAAUUGUUAACAGAGUGGUAGUCAACCAUUUAUUUUGUAAUUGUAUCUUGCCAUUUCUUGCAAUCAUCCAAAAAUUUAUUCAUUUAGGUAAUAAAAUAUUAGAACUAUCAUAAGUUUGAUCUGACAAAAAUAAAAAUUGGAAAAGUUUCAAAAACUGUAAAUAAACAGUAUUGGUGGGUGAUGCGCUGCCAUUUCUUCCACACAACACUUGUCAGAAAUAGUUUUGCAAUACUUUUUACAACUACACUACUUUUCUCUCCCUUAUUUAGCAUAUUGUCAAAUUGAAGAUCUCAACACUGUGAAAUUUGUAGUAGUGUUUUGUUAUAUUCGUUAUUACUUACUAUUAUUUGGUAUAUAUAUAAAAAAUAUUGAUUUGAGUUUAGAGUAGAUUUUUUAAUAAGACUAUGUCCUAAACAACCUAUUAGUAUUAUGAUGAUGACAAUAUUUAGGCUCCUUGGUAGGGUCGUCGCACAGGUAGUUUAGGAGUGAGUGAUAGUUGGUAGCCAGGGUAGUCAACAAGUUCAACAAGAAUAACUAGCACGAGGUGUCAGUUCAGUACAAAUGAGAGGCAUUGUUUACCAAACAAUGUUGUAUGCAAAUUAGCCGUCAAGGAUUGCCCAAUCCCAUGUCGCUAGAUGACAACCGUAUCGAACGCAAUUUACAUAUCCCCUCGUCACCUGAUCUGUUCUCAAUUGCGUCAGACUUUGAAUACAUAGACUCAUUUCGUUCGAUAUAAUCGGUUAUCAGACCAGCUGGAUAGGUAUUAUCGCGUUAAUCAUAAUUGCUCAAGCUUUCUAUAUCGUUCGGAACGACAGUAAAAAGUAAUGUUGCGACGGGUGAUUCACAUGGCUGAAAAAAUCAAAAGUCGGGGUAGGUACUGCAGCAUUUCGCACUUGUUUAUUUAACCAAUUGAAUAUGAAAGUCUUAACCGUUUGAAAAUGUCAAAUGCAUAGUGAAAGAAGAUCUUAUUUGUAUGUCACAAAGCAUGCCUAACUUAAACUUUUCCGUUACCUAUGAUGCAAUUAAGAAUCCAUUAGCUAGGCUCCUUUGUCCUUUAAAAUUUAAGGUGUCAGACUAAAGUUAAAUAAAACGGUUGCCAAAAGCUACAGUUGCCAAAAAACUGUUCAUCGAUACCAUAGUUAACGUGACGUUUUCGUAGGGAAGAACUAACGUCCGAACCGGUUCAAUUAGUUUAAUAUCGCUUCUCACUGCAUAUUUUAAAAUAAUGUCCAUAAAGAGACAAGUUAUGUUCACGGCUGCGGCCUGCGGCCACAAGGUCGCGGACAUUUCGUGGUCACUCGACCGUUUGAUCGCCGCUCUGAUUUAUGUACAUAUUUGAAAUUAGUUGUAAUUUGGUUGGAGUCCAUUUCCCAGAUAAAAAUCGCGUUUUCAGCAUGUCGCUGUAUUGUGUCAGAAACAAAUUAAGAAGUACCCAUCCGUGACAAAGCCUAUGCAUUAGUAAUUUGAGGUGACGAGUCACCUUCCCGAGGUUGUAGCUAGGUGUCUCGCUCGACCGAGAAUUAUUGAGGUACUUCACCUUUCGCGUAAUUUCACGGUUAGGGGGAUAUGUUAUUAAUCCCUAAUUUGUAUUUAAGCAAUUUAGCAACUUCGGAGGCGCUAUUACACAUAAGUUAUUAGGUAGCGUCACAACACAAGAGCAAGCUGUUAAUAUUGUAGUCAUCAAGCCUUGACUAAUGCAGCAUGAGCGGUCGACACUCUAUUCUUCGUUUUAUCGUCGCGCCGAUAGUUCUCGUUAUAUCAAAAAGAAAAGCCCUGAGGCUCGUAAAACUAAAUUAGGGCGCGAGGCAUGGACUGUCUGCCCUUUGGGACGAUUGAACUCAUAACCGCUCAAUAUUUUUAGAACGAAAAAAGUCUCUGUCAUCUUUAAUUUCAGAAUUAUGGAGUUUUUUUUUUAAUGUGAAGGCUAUUUGCCCUUGUGUAAUUUUUAGCAUAAUAAAUUCAUAUAUUCAUGUAUGUAAAAAUUUAAUAUGUAGCCCCCUAUUGCUAGAAGGCACUUAUUCUUAUUAAUAUCUGUAGAGCGUCGCAUUAUGCAUCAUAACCGAACCUCCCGCACAAAAUCCCGAAAUACUUGACUCCAAAUGUUUGUGGAUCGAAGCUAUCCAUUCAUCCCGAUAAUCCGCGACGAAGCGUGCUUCACAACUCAAGUUCGCAGCUCAUUCAUAUGCCGCCGCCGUCCGAGAUUAGUUACAUCUCUGUCAGCAUUACUUCUCCGAGAAAUUGUCCUCCAUAGUACCCUUGAAUAUACUCAUCUGAAUGAGCACGUAUGACCGCGUUCGAUAAUUUUGCUCGAAAUGUUCGUGUCUUAAAUUGCAAUGUAAAUACUAAGCAUCAUGAUGUAUAAUCAUGUAUCUUGAUGCAAGAGAGCGUCGUGGCCUAGUUAAAGAGUUAUUUGACUUCUUAGUGGAUCACUUGCGCGCAAGAGUUGUUUAUGUUAAAUCCACUUAAGAGUCCUGGGUCUUUACCCACAUGAUGACAAGUGGCUUUUACGUACGACUGCAGAUCGCUAAUUACUCACCACAUUAUAAUGACACGUCGGGAAUAACGUUUUCAAAUCAAGGUGUUCAGUACCUAAUAAAAAAACAAAAGUUUAUUUUAAGUCCAGCUAGUCUGGCCAUUAGUAAGCCCAUUUUUAUUUUAAAAACAACAUAACAUCAUUUUUAUUUAAACAACAUAUCAUCAUUAUAUUUAAAGGUUGUUGAGCAAACGAUUAAUUGUGCACAAAGUUGCAUUCGGAGGGUACCUAUUUCGUUUCACAGAAUUACAUUAAUCAUCAGUAAAACCUGUACCUAUGAAUUUGCAAUAAAUUACUGAUUACUGAAACUUAUCUUCCUCCAUCCAAGCUCAAAAGCUAAUUACUUUUUCAAUAUGCGAAAUAAUCUUCCUUGCAAAUACUUAUGUAGAAAAACUUUUUAGGCGUGAAAGAACGCAACCUACAGACGGCCAAAGAGUUGUGAUGCAGUGCAUACAACGCGCAACAUGCACAUUAUCAACAAAACCAUAGGACUCUUCCGUUUUAGCCAUCACAAACAUUCACUCGAACAAUAUCUGCAGCGUUCACAAUGCCCUAUCCCCAUCUCCACCAGUUAAUAAUGUUAUUAUAAACACCGUUUCCCAACGUUGACGUCGCUGUUUAUAAACAACACAUUAAAAUCAGAUCGUAGCUGUCGUCGGCGUGCAGCUUGAUCCUCUUACUCCAGUUUUGUUAUAAGCAAUAGAUAAAAAACUCAGAAUCUUUAUUGAUUCUUUACAUUUUUCCACUAAUGCAAUUGAUUAUUUUCCAUUCGAAUGUUUUGUGCAAUGCAGUGACAUAAAGUUUUUAAUGAGAAGGUACAUAAGUAUAGGUUAUACAGAAUAUGCAGCAACAAAUUGUGUAUUGCUGCACUUAUUACUAUUCUUAAACGGUUAACGCCAGCUGUUCAGCGCAAAGCAUCGCUACUCACGUUCGCGCAGUAUGUUCUGAUUCUGAGUUAAACUAAACAAAACUAUUUUCGUGUUAGUAGUAUAUAGGCUAUUCGGUGCAACACAUCCGUUAGAGCUAACUGCAACAACUUACGGCCAACGUCUCGAUUUACUGGACUGGGACAUAGUGGACAUACCGUUUCAUGAAAUCCUGGAAUAAGGCCAGCAAAAGGUCUUGGCUUAAACGGAAUUUGUCCAAUCUAAUCUAAUCGUGUAGCUCUAAACGGCUACAUGCAUGGUAUGGUUAUAGCCUAUUUCGCCUAAAGUUUGAAUAGCCUUAAAUUAAUAUUUAAUUGAUUUCUUGAAUUGCUUACAAAGAAUUAAUUAAACGAUAUGUUUUAAUUCCAGAGCUGAUGUCACACAGGACUUGUUUUUAUUAAGAUUGUCUUAAUAGCAAGUCCGGAUUGACAAGAAAUUGUAGUUGCUUGUGUUUGGCCACAAUUGAUAUUGUCGCCGCCAGUCAAUUGAGUCCACGCUCGGUAUUGAUUGCUGUACGUACGUGUGACAAGUGAUAAAGGCUUUUUAUCGCACUGACUAAUGCAGCCACGUUACGCCAUACUACUGCUAUGCUAUCAUAUGCCCAAACUUCAAUUCUAUAUUCAUACUAUAAUGUCUCCAACCUAAUAACAUAUAACACCUUCCUUGAGCGCUUACUAAUUAGCACGUUCUCAGUUACAUCUUAAGCACAUCGUAAACAUUAACAACCCAAAAACCGCUUAAAUCUCUCAUUUUGGUGGGACAUCUCUAAUAUCUAGAACUAGAAUCUAGAUCUUACAAUAAAAACGCUGUCUAAUAUACAUUUCUUAAAAAGUAUCUUAUUUUACAUUGGUUUUCAAAACUUUAUUAGUAUAUUAUUUAUUAUUCGUUAGUCCAUGGAAAUGUUAAAAUAUAUCUUGAUGUUAAGUUGUUAUGGCAUAUUAGUGGUUUCGUUUCGUACUCACUACUCAGGUAGAAACACGUAACACGUGCGACUGCGUAGGAAGAGAAUAACACGUGCAAGUGAAAGAAGGAAAAA